GAAGAAGUGCUGCAAAAACAUGUUGGUUCCAUUUGCCUUAUUCCACUGUUAAAAUUGCCUGAAGUCUUGGUAAGUCCACCAUUGUGCACUUUACUUUUAUAGGGUGUGUGCUUUGAGUUGUUAUUAUGGGAGUGCAUGGACUUUGGAGACUCCUGGAGACAACAGGAAAACCCACCAACCCCGAGACACUGGAAGGAAAGAUUCUUGCUGUUGACAUCAGUAUAUGGCUGAACCAGGCAGUGAAGGGGGUGAGGGACCGUGAAGGCAACAGCGUCCAGAACGCCCACCUCCUCACUCUGUUCAACCGCAUCUGUAAGCUGCUCUUUUUUCGCAUUAGACCGGUGUUUGUGUUCGAUGGAGAUGCUCCUAUGCUGAAGAAGCAGACCCUGGCUCUGAGGAGGCAGAGGAAAGAGGAGCUGACCACUCAGUCCAAACAGACCAAUGAGAAACUUCUGAAGACCUUUCUGAAGAGACAAGCUAUCAAAGCUGCACUUGGAGAUCAUAGUAAGGACCCUCUACCAAGCCUCUCCAGUGUGAAAAGAAAUGAAGUGGAUGACAUGUAUGUCCUACCUGCCCUUCCACCCACAGAGGAAAAGGAAAGAAGCAGCUCAGAAGAGGAUGAGGAGGGGAAAGACAGUGACGAAAUGGUUGAAACAUACCAGGAAGAACUGUAUGAGAAUCCAAACUCGGUGGACAUAAACUCAGAGGAUUUUACCAGCCUGCCUCCUGAGAUGAAACACGAGAUACUCAAAGAGAUGAAAGAAUUUUGCAAAAGACGUCGGACCAUGUUUAACAAACCUCCUGAGCGUUCUGGAGACUUUUCGCAGUACCAACUGGCUGGCCUGCUGCAGAGGAACCGGCUGAACCAGCGUCUGGAGGGAGUUGAGAAGGAGAUGAGCCAGUGCAGUGCCAGCAGCGCUCCACAACUCGGUCAGCAGGAUGAGGAUCAGCAGAAUCGCAGCGUGGAGUCAAAGCGGCUGGUUUCAGAAGACAACUCGCACUAUAUACUUAUAAAAGGCUCCAAAAAAAACGAACCAGCCUUACAGAGCCAACCUGCAGCUGCACCCUGGACAAGUUCUAGAAAGAGGAAAGCUGACAAACCCGAGCCUCUCUGGCGACCCAUCACUGAAGAAGAAGAUGACGAAGAAGAGGAUGUACGACCUACCUGCUCAGACGCCGUCAACCCACCUGUGUCAAAACCAUCACAGCCAGACACAUCUCUGCCUUCGCCUCGGACACUCAAGGCAAUCCAGGCUGCUAUGAGUGACAGCUCAGAUGAAGAGAAGCUGAAUCCAGAUAGCAAGGAUGGCAAAGUGUCUCCACGGACACUCCUCGCAAUCCAGCAGGCAUUAACUGAGGAUGAAGUAAGUGUCUCACCGUCCAAACUCCAGACAAGUCCCCAGCGUCCCGCGCGGCGAGUGGUGAUCAGUAGCUCCGAUGAGGAGACAAAGCCUUCCCUUAAGGGAGAGUUGGACUUCAGUCAAAGCGCCACAUGCCAAAGUUCACACAUCGAAGACAGUUUUCUGGGCAGUAGCUCUGAAGAUGAUCUGGAGGAAGUGAUUGGAGAGAAAAAUAAAGCUUUUCGCUCUGCGGCACUUCGACAAAGUCCCACAACACCGAUGGAGUCAGAGGUGGAGCGCGUCAGGGAAGGGGAGAAACAAAAAGGGCUGGAGCCGAGAGAACCUGAGCACAAGCUGCACGCUUCUCAAUCUAAACAGGAGUUAUCCAUCAGCUCUCCUUCGCUUCCAAGUGGGAAACAGGCCAGCGCAGAGACGGAGCAGAGACUCCUAGAUAAGAGCAAGCGUGGACUCACCGCUGACCUGGCUAAAGCCGACGGAGACGACGUAAAGUCAGGGAACAGCCAGCAGGAAAGCGACUCAGAAGAGAGCUUCAUUGAGGUGUCCGAGGAAGAAUUUAAGCAGGAGGAUGCAAAUGAUUCAGCAGGAGAAAAGAGGAUUUUAGAAGAGGUCCAGGAAGAUCAGACAAAAACUGAAGCAGAGUCUGAGGAAAGUUUGACUCAGGUUGUUGGUCAUCCAGCUCUGAGCUCAGACAAGGAGGAUGAGGAGGAGGGAGAGCAGAGGAAAGCUCAGGAAAAAGAGGUGAAGGACGACAUGGAAUCCAAACCAACAGCAGAAAACGAGUGGGAACACCUCGACAUGGACGAGCUGGAGGCUCUGGAGAGCUCGCUGCAGCUGGAGCAGAGCAACCUGAGGGAGCAGAAGCAGCAGCAGGAGCGGAUGGCGAACACAGUCACGGGGCAGAUGUACCUGGAGAGCCAGGAGCUGCUGCGGUUGUUUGGCGUGCCGUUUUUGGUGGCUCCCAUGGAGGCCGAGGCUCAGUGCGCGGCGUUGGACCGCGCCGACCAGACAAACGGAACCAUCACAGACGACUCUGACGUGUGGCUGUUUGGAGGACGACACGUUUACAGGAACUUCUUCAGCCAGAACAAAUAUGUUGAGCACUACCAGUACAGCGAUCUGCAGAGCCAGUUAGGUCUGGACAGAACAAAGAUGAUCAAUCUGGCUUAUCUGCUUGGAAGUGACUACACAGAGGGUGUUGCAGGAGUGGGAUAUGUUACUGGCAUGGAGAUACUGAAUGAGUUUCCAGGGCCAGGACUGGAGCCACUAAUACAGCUUAGUAAUUGGUGGUGUGAGGCUCAGGAGAAGAAGCGUCUGACUGAUAAUCCCAGAGAUACGAAGGUGAAGAAGAAGCUGAGGGAACUGAAACUUCAGCCUGGCUUCCCCAACCCUGCGGUGGCUCAGGCUUACCUUCAGCCUGCUGUUGAUCCGUCCCAGGCCUCCUUCAGCUGGGGCCGCCCCCAACUCGACAUGAUCAAAGAGUUCUGUCUCAGUCGUUUUGGCUGGAGCAGCAGAAAGACGGAGGAGACUCUCCAACCUGUGAUCAAACAGCUCAACAACCAGCAGACUCAGCUCCGAAUAGACUCAUUCUUCCGCUUGGAGCAGCAGGAAAAGCAGGCGAUCCGCAGCCAGCGACUCCGCCGAGCCGUCACCUGCAUGAAGAGAAAGGAGAGGGAAGGAGGGGAAGGUGAAAGUAGCGAAGAAGAACUGCCUUCCCCAUCCAAAUCCAGGAAAGGAAAUCUAAAAAACACAGAAGGACAGAAAGAAGAGGAGCCCCCUGUCGCAGGUGGAGGUUUCUUAGCUCCAAAGUCGAAUUCUGAAUCUCCUUUUACAUCCCUCAGGGAUUUCUGUAGUCCAGGUCAGGAAUCCUUCACAGCAACAGCUGCUCACCAGUCUACUAAAAAACUACCUCAGAAGGCCAGCAGGAAGAGCAGCAGCAGCUCCAGUGAAGACAGCGACGAAGGGAGGGCCGUUGCGAUGGUUACAGCCCGAUCUGUGUUUGAGGCCAACAGACGAGGCCGAGGAGGAAAACGCACAAGAGGAAGAGGAAAGAAGCUUUAAGAUGCUCAACUUUUACAUAAAUGUUCUAAAUGUGAUACUUAAUAUGAAACCAGCUGAAAAUUUCUGAAAAUAAAUGAACUGAGAGUUUUCUGUAAUAUGCAUUAUGGGUUUUUUUUAUAAACACUGAAGCUACUGGGAAUAUUUUUACUACUUUGGAGAUAUGAGAGAAAUGUUACUCUGCAUUAAAAAUAUUAUUUUUCCCUAA